AUGAAUUCAUUAAAUUAUAUUGAACAAUUAUAUGAUGAUAUUAAUCAUAUGAAUCGUGUUUGUUGGAAUAAAUCUGAUUUUUUUAAUGAAGUAUUUGGAAAUGUAUCAUAUCGUAUAGUUGUUAUAGUAGAACAUUUAUUAAGAAAGAAUAAUGCAUGGAAAUGGAUUGUUGGAUCAGAUAAAAAAGAUUCAUUUUACAUUCCAGAAAGUAAAAUGAAUUUGUUAUUAAAUGAUGUUGAUGCAGUUGAAAAAAUAAUAACAUUAUUAAAUUCAAAAGGAAUAACUAUAAAACAAUUUAUAUGUCAAUUUGAGUUAAUUAAUCCUGACAAUAAAGAAAUAUUUGAUAUUGAGAUACUUGAAGAUAGUAUGUAUUUAAAAGUAAGUAUAAAUGUUAAAUCAUUUCCUGCACCUAGUUAUGAAUGGAAACAUGAUGGAAAAAUUUUUAAUCCUUCACAUAUUGAUGAUACAGAUAACAAUGUAUUAUGUACUAUUAUUGGUGGACCAAUAACACUUGAAAAAUAUGAAUUAGAAGAGAAAUUUAUCUGUUUUGAUUGUAAAAAAAAACAACUUAUUAUUAAUGAAAAUGAUUUAAAUACAAUUGUUGAUAAGACAAAUAUUACUACUAUUGAUGAAAUUGGAACAAACUAUGAUACAGAUAGUACAAAUAUAAUAUUAGAAGCUUCUGAUAAAGUUGCACUUAUAAUAGCUAAUAGAAAUUAUCAAAUAUUAAAUCUUGGUUUAAGAACACCUUUAUCAGAUGCUGAAACAUUAGCUGAAGAAUUACAAGGAAUGAAUUAUAAAACAGUAGUUUUAGCUGAUCUAAAUUUAGAAGAAAUGAAAAGUAUGAUUAUAUAUUUUACUAAACUUUUAGGUGAUAAUGUUUAUGCUGUUUUUUAUUUUGUUGGUCAUGGAUUUCAAAUAAAUGGUCAAUGUUUUCUUUUACCAAUAAAUAAUGAUAUAGAAUAUUAUUCACCUGAACAUUGUUUACCAAUGAAUUGGAUUCUUAAUAAUUUUAUGUCAUGUAAUCCUGGAAUGCAUGUAAUAUUAUUAGAUAUAUGUAGAUAUGAAGAACCAUCAGAUCCAAUAAAAUUUAUGUAUAAAGCUAAAGAAAUAUAUAAUAUUCAAAAAAUUCCUGUACGCCCAAAUGCAAUAUAUGGUUUUGCUACAUCAACAGGUGGUGGAGCAUAUGAAGUUGUUGGUGAAAAUAAUGGUAUAUUUAUGAAAUAUCUUAAAAGACAUAUUUCAAAAGAUAUACCUGUAAUAUCAAUAUUACAAAAAGUUUUCAGAGAUGUUCAAAAUGAUCCAUUGAUAUCAAAUAUUCAAGUUCCAGAAUUAACAUGUAAUCUUCCACAUCCAAGAAAAUUAACAGAUCCAUUGAUGAUUAAUGGUCAUACAUUAUCAUAUGAAAAUCAUAAUACACUUUGGUGUAAUAUACAUAUGUUUCCUGAUCCAAUAACAAUUAAACCAAAUAAUUUAAAUGUUCUUGUUACUAUUUGGGUUAAUUAUUGUGGACAUUUUACAAAUAAAUGUUAUAUAAAUGUGAAUGUUUGUAAUGAUAGAAAUAUUCAAAAUAACCAAAAAUUUAUGUAUAUUGCAUUUUUAAAAUUUAACAAGCUGCUUAGUAUUUCUAAACCAAGAAAAACAGAAAAUGAAGAAGAAGGUAUAACAAUGUCUUAUUUAGUUUCUGGAUUACAGAAAAUAAAACAAAAUGUAAAAUGUAUAAUGAUAUUAGAAAAAUAUCAUGAUGAUGAAAGUACAAAUAAUGAUACAAGAGAAAUUUUUAGUAAAGAAAUUGAUUUAGGAUGUAUUUUAAUUACUAAAAUUACAUAA